AUGAGGUCUCUUUUGGCGACAUUCGCCGCCCUCACAUCCUUGAUCACCUCCUCACAAGCCCUGUACUUCUACCUCGACGGCACCACGCCAAAAUGCUUCUAUGAGGAUUUGCCCAAGGACACCCUGGUUGUCGGAACAUACAAAGCAGAAGCGUACAACAGCCAAACAUCCUCGUUCCACGUAACUUCGGACCUCGCGAUCCAAAUCACGGUCGAGGAGACCUUCGACAACGACCACCGCGUCGUGACACAGACAUCCACAUCAUCGCACACGGCAUCGAAAUUCACCUUCAGUGCAGCUGACAGUGGCCUGCAUAGACUGUGCUUCACCCCGUCAGGCCCAGCGGCGAUCAGUGCUGGCGGAUGGUUUGGCGGCGCAGGCCAGACGAUGGGUGGCGUUAAGUUGACAGUCGAUAUGGCGAUCGGUGAAACGAGCAAGAUUGAGAGCGAGGACAAGAGCAAGAUUGACAGUAUCGUUGGCAAAGUCAAGGAGUUGAAUGGGCGAUUGGCGGAUAUUAGACGGGAGCAGGUCUUCCAGAGAGUAAGCUACAAUGAUCCUUCUCCCCUGGCAAUCUACGAUUUUGCCAUAUUCUAUGUUAUAUUGGUCGAAUCUAAAAUGUGA